AAAAAAUCAAAAAUGUUAGUAAGAGGAAAGGGAGGCAAGGGAUUAGGAAAGGGAGGAGCAAAACGUCACUGUAAGAAGCUAAGAGAUAACAUCCAAGAUAUCACCAAGUCUGCUAUUCGCCGGUUAGCCAAACGUGACGCUGUGAAGCAUAUCAGCGGGUUGAUCUAUGAGGAGACACGUGGCGUUUUGAAGAUAUUUCUAGAGAAUAUGAUUCGUGACGCUGUUACAUACACAAAGCAUGCAAGGAGGAAGACUGUAACUACCAUGGAUGUUGUUUAUGCUUUAAAAAGACAGGGAAAGACUCUCUAUGAUUUUGGUGGUUGA